AUGCCUCCGCCUCUCCCAUCACCGUCGCCGUCACCGUCACCGUCGCCGUCGCCGUCGCCGUCACCGUCACCGUCACCGUCGCCGUCACCGUCGCCGUCACCGUCACCGUCACCGUCGCCGUCACCGUCGCCGUCACCGUCGCCGAUGUUUCCCCCUCCACCUCCGCCAGAAGGCUGCCCCUUCCUGUCGUUCCUUAACGGCGAUGUCACGUAUCCGAGUGGCAUGGGCGUCGGAAGCAAAGCCAUCGUCACCUGCCAUCCGGGAUUCAUCAUCUCUGGCAAUCCUUCGGACGACUUUAUCUGCACAUACGACGUGAUGAGUGGUUUCGAGUGGAAUCCAUCCCCCCAGUGCAUCCUGGACGAGUGCGAUGGCCUGCCUGCGGAUGUCGCAUUCAUCGAUUCAGGCAGCAGCAACUGCACGGAGACCGUGGCUCAGGUUCCCCGCGGUGCAUUGUGUGCGUACACCUGCGACGAAGGUUUCAACAUGUUUGGCAAGCCAAUGAGCUCCUGCGUGUACGGUCCCGACAUUGACAACUACUAUGAACACUAUUGGAGUCCUGUCCCGUCAUGCUCCGAGGUCAACAUCACCGCGUCAUUUGCUGAGAGCUGGAACAGAGGCGGGCCUGCGACGGCCUCGGAAUUCAAGGCUGGUCAAUACGUUCAAUUUAAUAUGCGUGGCAGGACGGCGUCCUCGGCUACUGUCUCGCUCGGGGCUCAUGAGGUGCUCGUGGAGAUCCUCGCACCUACUUCCGGGCGAGUGGCACUCGAGGUGUUCAAACUCGGCGGCGACGAUGAACUUUUCAAGGUCAAACUACCGACGACGGCCGGCCGCUACAUGCUUGGCUUUGGCAUCCUCGGGCAGCUCUUUGAGGCGCCAGCUUCUCGCGGGUUUGCGAGAAAAAUUGUUGACAUUGUGGCCGGUCCGCCGUCGGGCGCCAGAUGCGAGCUGGUCGACCCAAUUCUGGGCCCUGGCGCCCAGUCGUACGAAGUGGAGGCCGGCAAGGCGCUCGACUUUUUCUUUGCGCUUGCCGACGAGUUUGGCAACGCGAUUGAUCAGACCGAUUCCAGCAACCUUAACGCGGAAAUCCGGCUCAAGUCGUCGAAUGUGACGGCGACAAGCCAGAAUCUGGCGGCGCGGGUCCUUGCGCCUGGCGCGGCAGACAACCCAUCGAAUGACCAGUUUGUGGGUGUGGUUCCGAUCCAGUUUCCCAACGGCGGGCUCUACACCAUCGCUAUUUCGUUCAAUGAUGUCGAUGUGCCGGCGUCGCCGUUUCCGGUGGCGGCGCGCGAGCGGUGCUCGCCGGGCAUGCGGGUUUUCGAGCAGUUUACAUGUACAACUUGCGAGGCGUCGACGUACUCUGAGGAGUCCAAUUCGGAAGCGUGCGCCAUCUGCCCGCAGUUCUCAGCGGGCCCGGCCGGCUCGAGCUCGUUUGCAAACUGCUCGUGUGUGCCCGGGUACUGGGAGGGUGCUGGGAUGCGGACAGCGAAGCGGCCGUGUGAGCCGUGUCCGACCGGCGCUGUGUGUGCCGGCGGCGCGGCGCGGCCGGUCUCGGCCAAAGGGUUUUAUGAGACCGAGGCCGGGUUUGUGUCGUGCAUCCGGCCGGCCGCGUGCGCCGGCGGGAACCGGUGCCACACCGGCUACGCCGGCUACCUGUGCAACACCUGCGCCGACAAGUAUUACUCGGACGAGCAGGGCCAGUGCGCCAAGUGUCCUGAUGCGCCAGGCAAGUUUCUGGCGCUCUUUAUUGUGGCGCUUGUGGGCGUGACCGGGCUGGCCAUUGUGGUGCUUGUCAUGUCGGUGAUGCGAGCGAACCGCAACGCAGCGAGCCGCGGCAAGAGUGAGCUGCGGAUGCGGCUGGCGCCAUCGACGCUGUCGAUGGUGGUGGUGGCGUUCCAGGUGGUGGGCAUUGUAGCCGACGCCAGCCUGGCGUGGACGUCUGCGGCGUCGAGCGUGCUCUCGGGCUUCAAGGCAUUCAACGUCGACCUGCGGUUGUUCAGGACCGAGUGCUCUGUCGGCGGAUUUUACGCCAACUACUCACUCGCUAUGUGCCUCCCGCUCCUAGGUCUUGCCAUUGUGGUGGUGGCGUUUGUGGUGCUCAAGUUGGCAAGGUCGUCGUUCGAGUCGAUCCGGGUCCAGCUUCCGGACCUCACGCUCAAGGCCUUUGUCGAUGGCCUGCUCUUCAUGUUUGCACCGCUGCUGUACAUUCCGCUGGCCAAGGCCACGCUCUCGUACUUUGACUGCACCCGGCUGCCCAACGGCUCGUUUGCGCUCGAUUCGGACCUCGGGAUCAAGUGCUACGACGGCGCAUGGUGGAGCACCUUUGUUUUGGCCUCUUUGGCGUCGCGCUACUUUCUUUUCAAUCUCAUCUCUGUCCGCGACUCGCUCUUUGAGCCGGCCGUCUUUGCGCGCUGCGGCUCACUCUACCGGCUCUACCGCACGCCGUACUACUGGGGCGAGGUGGCGAAUCUGACCAAGCGGCUCGGCCUUGUCAUUGCUGCCGUCUUUUUCACCAAUCACCAGCUCAUCCAGAUCGGCCUGCUCAUGGCCAUCCUCCUUGUCGGGCUCGUCAUCGUCAACCACUACCAGCCGUACUACUACCCGCUGUACAACCGGACCGAGAGCCUCCUCUCGUUUGUUCUCAUCGGAUUUGUCCUACUAGGCGCGGGCUCGUACGCCGAGCGCGACUCGGACGCCUUUGACAUGUUCUUCCUCGCUGCCGUCAUCGUCUGCAUCAUUGCUCUUGUCGUCAUCUCGGUCCACGCCGUCGUCAUCGAAAUCCGCGACAUCCGCGCCGAGCGCAACCCGGCUCGGCUGUACUCGGCCACCCGCGACCGCUCGCGCCGCUUUGAGCGCCUCUUCCAGCGCGAAGCCGCCGACCUGGACCCGGCCCUUGCUAACCUCCUCGAGUCAGCCUUUCUCGAGGCUUCCCAGUCCAAGGGCAUCCUCAAGGAUGGCUCGUUUGACUCGAGCGACAUCAUUGCCACCGAGAUGAUCGACCUGUAGCCGAGCACGGAGCCGCAGCCAGAACUUCCACUGCACCCGCCACCCAUUUCUGGCAACGCAAUGUACAACGCGCGGGGGCCGGGUUCCGCUGCUGCACCUGCUGACUUGCACACAUGCCAUGCGCACAGCCCAUUCAGUGUUGAAAAAAA